AUGAACUUCUCAGCUAUCUAUUGGAUCUUGUCGCUGGCCUCUUUACUUUGGCCUGGCUCCCUAGCGGCGGUGAUCGGCAUCGAUUAUGGUCAACAAAAUGUGAAGGCUAUGGUGGUUUCACCCAGGGCUCCGUUAGAACUCGUGCUUACUCCAGAAGCUAAGCGUAAGGAUAUCUCAGGACUGGCAAUUAGGAAACGUGGCGACGGAAUUGAGCGUAUCUAUGGCUCCGCCGUGGGAUCGCUGGCAACAAGAUUUCCUAAGAAUAGCUUGUUGCAUCUCAAGCCUCUGUUGGGUAAGACUGAAGCUGACGAGAUUGAUAUUGUGCUUUAUCUAAGAGAGCAUCCGGGUGUGGAGAUUACUGCGACUAAAAGGGCGUCGUUGGCGAUUUCAGUGGAUGGACAAGAAUACCCAAUUGAAGAGCUCAGCGCAAUGAAUAUACAGGAGAUCGUGAAUAGAGCCAAUCGUCUUGUGAAGGAAAAAGACUCGCUGAACUCGGACUACGUGGAUAAACUGGCCAUCACUGUGCCUGACUUCUUUGAUCAGCAUCAGCGUCGGGCGUUGCUCGAUGUUGGCAGCUUGACAACUGAUAAUUUGGAGACGGUUCUGAUCAGUGAUGGUUUAUCUGUGCUUCUCAACUUUGUUUUCAAACAAAGGGACUUCGUCCUGGGAGAACCUCAGUAUUAUAUCGUCUACGAUAUGGGAGCUGGAUCGACAAAGGCAUCGCUUUUCUCGAUCUUACAGCCUGCCAAUGAAAGCGAACCGUUGAAAAUAGAGCUUGGUGGUUACGGCUUUGACGAACAUUUGAGUGGAUCUAAAUUUACUUUGGAUGUCGCCAGUCUUCUUGAGAACAAGUUCUUGGAGGCACACAAGACUAUACGAACGGAUAUUUUGCACAGCAAUCCAAACGCCCUCGCCAAACUUAACCAAGCGGCGGAGAAGGCUAAGCUUAUUUUGAGCGCUAACAGUGAAGCUUCCGUGAGCAUCGAAUCUCUAAUUGAUGAUAUCGACUUCCGGACAAAGGUAACCAGGCAAGAAUUUGAAGAUUUCAUCCAGGAGAGCGUUGUUGAUCUGGUAAAACCACUUGAAGAUGCUUUAGAUAGGCAGUUUUGGCAAUCGCAUGUGGCGUUGAAAAAUAUUCAGGGCGUGAUUCUAACUGGUGGAUCAACUAGGGUGCCCGCUGUUCAACAAAGGUUAAUCAGUGUUCUGGGCGAGAAAAAAGUUCUUAAGAGCGUCAACGCUGAUGAAUCAGCUGUUAAUGGUGCCACGAUACGAGCGGUUAAACUCUUCAAUGCCUUUAAAACCAAAGCAGUGGAUAUCGUGGAACGUUCUCCAUCUGAUUAUGGUUUAAAAAUAAUGGAAGAUGAGACAGAAAUGAUUGUUUUCCCAAGAGGAAGCGCCUAUCCGCGGACGAAAACCAUCGAGGUAGCUCAAAUGAGUAACUUAUCGAAGGCCCUUACACUGGAUUUAUAUGAGGAUGGUAAAAUAUUCCGGAAGGUGAGGCUGUUGCCGGAAGUGAUCAAGAAAGCCUUUCCCACCGACGAGUGCACUGACGGGAUCAGCUUUAAUGCCACAUUUUCACUCUCCCAGAAUAGGCUUUUUGACUUGGACAAAGUCCAAGCCAUAUGCUGGAACGGACCUAAAGCUGGUGAAGGGGAGAAGGAUAGCGGUAAGGGGCAAAGUUCUGAUCAAAGUGAUAGGCUUAACGACUCAAGGGACAAAGGUCGAAACAAGAAAUCACCCACUCUUGAGUUUUUAACCGAGGAAGUUCCACUUUCUCAUUUAAUGCAUCAAGAAAAGUAUCGGCUGAGAGAAAAUAUAAAGACCCUUGAUGAAAAGGACUCCGAAAGAUUUGAGUUCGAGCGUGCUAAAAAUGAGCUCGAAGCUCUCUUAUAUAACACUCGUGAUUUUAUCACCUCUGAAGAUGUUGCUGAAACUGGUCCUAAAAAGCAUCUGGAGAAGCUAGCCAGUAUUAUACCAACCUAUCUGGAUUGGCUAGAGGACGAAUCUGAUGGUGCUGACAAGGCGGACAUAAUGUCAAAAAUUGCAGCUGUUAAUGAUCUAAAAUCAAGAGUAGAGAUUUACAUUGAAUCCCUCCAAGAGCCAUUGAACGCCGAACAGUUCAAAGCGCUAUUGGCAAAAGCUGACAAAUUGUCAAAGAAAAUAAAUACUGAGAGGGAAGUCCCACAUGAAGGCUUGAGUGCACUGAAUGAAACCUUUUCGCAGGCCGGUUAUGAUAUCCAGAAGGAAUAUUUCAAGAUAAACUUACCAUACUACCUAUCGAAUCCAUUGAGUUCCUGGAACGACAAAUUCGAGGCGCUUCAAAAGAUAGCGAAUGCCACAAAGGAGAAGAUUUCGUCAGAUGCGUUGGGAAAAGACAGUCGUGAAGAACUUCUCGAAUUGAAAUUAUCUUUCGAUCAAGCUUUCAUCGAGCUGGAACAAAUAAUGGAGCUUUUGGAAAAAGCCCGGAAUUAUCGCUUUAGAGAAUUGCUUUCUUGGUACCAGAGAGCAGAGAAGGCCAAGAAAAGGAAAGAAAUGAAGUUAAGUUCAGAAAUACUCAAGUCUUCUAGCAGCAUGGCUGCUUCUUCAUCCGCCGGUGUGACCGAUUCGGUCACCGGUGCUACGUCAACAUCGACCUCAGCUGCAUCAUCCUCCGCUGGGCAUUCAAGCACCAGUAAUACGGCUCCUGUACAUGACGAGCUCUAA